UUUUUGUGUUUUUUUUUGCAGCAUGAUUUUAGUUUAAUGAAUACGAAAGCCUUUGCGAACCUAAAAGGCUCUGGCGGUAACAUAUGGGAAGUCUUUGAAGUUUUAGAUGAUGCCCGACGUGCUAUUUUCAGAAAUACCGUCUUUGGCUAUUUUAUUGAUGUCCCUCGUUUACAAGGGGACGCUUUAUUGUUUCAUAAAAUGUUCCUUCAUCAGAUCCGGCCGGACCCUGUUUUAUCUCCAGAUGGAAUAAAACGUUUAUAUUUUCGAGUAGGCAAUACCAAAAUGGUUUAUGGGCCGGAAGAGUUUUGUUUGAUUACCGGGUUCAAUUUUGGGGAGUAUCCAAAAAAUAUUGGGAGAAAAGGGUCGGAAAAAUUAAUAAGCAGUAAAAAAAGAUGUUUACUGCGUGAACGGCUAUUUCCGGACCAUACUAAUAGUUCGGUGAAAAUCGGCGACCUGAAAAGUUUAAUUUUAAAUCAAACAUUCCUAGCACUUGACGACCUUGAUGCAGUUAGAGUAUGUUUGAUAUACAUUUUGUGUGAAGGUUUUUUGGGCAAAGAAGUUAACGAUCGGGUGCCACAAGAUUGAUUUUAUUUGGCUGAGAAUUUGGAUAUCUGGAAUAGCUUCGCUUGGGGUAGCUAUCUAUGGGAUUUUACUUAUGUUGACCUUGAGGAUACGUGGAAUAAGAUACAUCAUUAUUUAUCACUUCCUGAGCGUGGUCAAACUUUAAAGUAUUCCGUCUCAGGAUUUACGGCUCCAAUUAGGAUAUGGAUAUAUGAGAUGAUUCCGGCUGUUCGUGCAUGUGGAUUUGCAUUGAGAAAAAAUAAAGACUUGCCUCGGAUGAAAAGAUGGAGCGGAACAAAAAAAUUGAAAUGGGUUGACGUGAACAAGAUUUGGUCAAAGAUGCAGGAGGGGCUACCACCAAGACAAAACAUGUUACCGGGUGAUGGUGAGAUGACAUCUUUUUAUUAUAUGUCAUUUUAAGAGUAUGUAUAUGGUGAAGGGAAAGUAGUUCCAUCCCCAGUACGGGACCAUUUUAGGAGACAAGACGAAUCUUCGUCUAGUAUGUCGUCCAGUGGUCGCUCUCAUGGUAGAGGUCGGGGCAGUGGGAAACACAAGCUAGACGAGUUGUUGAAACGGGUACAUGCACUGGAGCAGCAUGUGUUUAUGAAUCAACAAAAACCUACAAAGGUUUUUUAUGAAGAAGUGAAUAAUGAACAAUUUUGGAACGACAUUAUUUUUGAGGAACCGACAGUGUCACAAAGAAAUUAUGAUGAACAGGUUGUGCAAGAUGAAGUGAUGAAUAAAAACAAUACAACUCAAAAUGUUUUUGGUGAUACUCAAGACGACAAGGUGUUGGAGGAGAGUAAUCAGUAUGCGGGGAACAAAUUUGAUGAUGAUGUGUUUGAUGUAAACGAUUAUAGUGAAGUUAAAGAGGAGUGGGAGGAGAGGAAUGACAAUGCAGGGAACAAAUUUGAUGAUGAUGUGCCGGAUGAAGACGAACUUAUAUUAAUGGGAAAUGUAGAUUAUUUUCAUGAUGAUGAUGAUGACAAAGAAGUUACACCCGAUAAACCUAGGAGUCGAAAACCAUCACAAUUUUUAUGCACUCCUUACACCGAGUUGCACACGACACCGAAACAAAAAAGAAGAACAAAAAAGAAGGUUGGUAUGAAAUCAACAAGCCCCGUUCCUCCUCCAGUUUUUGGUGUUGCUCAUGACUUCUCCAUGUUGCGCCUGCAACCUUACGUAGCAGACGGUGAGGAUGUCAUCCAAAAUUAUGUAUUGCAUUCAUACGAUGUGCAACAUCGUUUGUUUAAUUUUGUGUUAGAUAGAGAUUUUUGGAGCUCAUUAUUUGGGCAUACACACGACGGAUGGUUGGAGUCAGCGCAUAUAACCAUUUGGUACCGAGUUUUGAUGGAGAGACGGUUUGAGAGCGACCGACAUACAAUAAUGCCUCCAAAUUUUUUUGUUUCUCAUGCUUUGGAAGAAGGACAGGACUGGAGGGCGUUUAUGGCUGGUAUUGCUACAUACCCCAACUUCAUGGUUGCUUGGUGGGAUGUUGAUACGGUCUUAUUGCCGAUUCAUUCAUCCCCUAAUCAUUGGCUAUUUGGGGAACUACGAUUAGCGUCAAUGGAAGUGCAUAUUUAUGACAGUCUUGGUAGAGGUGCUUAUGAAAAAUUCCAAUCCGAAGGAAUCUUUUCCAAAUUUGAACGUCGGGUGGCAAAUUAUUUGGACAAGAUUAAGUAUUGGGCGCGGAGGAACAUCCCAAGGAUUCCAUUGAAUAUGCAAUUCAUUUAUGAAGAAAACGUUCCCCAACAAAGUAGUCAUUUGGGAGAUUGCGGUGUUUUUCUUUGUAUGUUUAUGGAGCAAUUGGUUUCAGGUCAACCAAUACGUGUUCUUAUUGACCCAAAGAACGCAGCUUUAGAGUUCCGUCUCCGGAUGGCAAAAAUUAUUUGGGGGUCUAGUCUUGCUCCUCUGUAGUUGGAUUAUAUAAAUGUAUAUACAAAUUAAUGUUGGAUUUCAUUAUUAGUUUAUCUUUAGAGUUUACUCAACGGAUGACAAAAAAUAUAACGUUACGACAAUUACAACAAUUUAAUGACCUACUAAUUACUUAUCAAUAAAUUCAACAUAAGAACGACCACAACAUUUGUU